AUGGCGCUGCGCCGAUCAUCGCCAAGCGGAGACAUCGAGAGCCAACCUGAGAAGGAGGACUUCUUCGCAGUCGGUCAGGUGACCGUGCGCCUGCCGCUGGAUUGCAGACCGCUGCCUCUGCUGGCCCUUCUCCUUAGCUUUCUCCCCUGGGGCGUGCCCUUGCUCCUCUUGGUGGAUGCGUUGCUUCAGAAGAGGGUCUCCAGCGCAUUCAUACUCGCAGCGGUGAUCAUCACCUCCCUCUUGUCCGAGUUCAUUCUCAAGCCCCUCAUCAGCGAGCCACGGCCGUCGACGUCCGCUUGCAGGACAGAUGACGGCAAGCUCCUUCCUGGAAUGCCUUCGGGCCAUGUCAUGAUUUGUCAGUGCCUCUUGACGUUCUAUAUGUUGGAGGCUGUGCGGCAUCAUAUGCUUGCAGCAGUCAUUGUGUCGUUGUUGCUGAUGCCCGCGAUGCCUUGGGCCCGUUGGUACAACGGCGACCACAGCGCAAAACAGGUGGCUCUCACGUUUAUCAUGGCCACUGUCAUAGGUUUGAUCGAUUAUGUUGCAUUCCUGCUGUUCUUCGUGGACGGUUGGGCCAGCGAGACGGAGAAGGUGCUGCUAGCAGAAGUUGCAUCGCUCCCCGCGCUACCAUCUCCAUCGGGAGGUCGCACUUUGCCCAUGCGGCCGUGA